AUGCCGCGGAGUCGCGAUUUUAUUGAUGCGCAUUGGUUCUACAGCAGCGAUGAAGAUUCUGAAAGGUAUAUCGAAAAUGUUGAUAAUGAUGAAUGAUCGUAGAAGCACGGAAUCAGCCGACGGAAAUUUUGAGCCGCCACAUGAACCAGAAUCAACGGAAGAUUACCGCGGGCCGAGCAAUUCAAUAAGUUGCUUUCAAAUGUCAACGUUGGUUGUUUUUUGCUCACUGUUCAAUUGUUCUUUUUUAUAUGUGCCAAACUUUUUGCCCUUAUGUAAGUAGUUUCAACCGUUGCCGUGUCGAAGUCCCAACGUUUUUUAUUGAACGUUGCCCAACCAUCUGCCUUGACACAAUGCGUUUUUCUUCUAUUUUUCGCAAGUAGCGCUUAUAUCAAUAUGCUUUAGGCGUAUCUUUAUUGUCUUGAAGAGCUUCUAUUAGAUUGAUCAAUACGGUUUCCGUUGGCAGUGAUUUAGACGUGUCAAAUAUUUAUAUGGGUCUUUUACGGCCAAAUGUUUUUUUGCUUCCUCUAAUAUCCUGUUACGUAUACAUAUCUUCAGUUUUUUGCUCGUUGUUUUGUUACUUAUGUCUAUCUGUUUCCAUUGAUGAUCCUGAUUCGCAUUCAAUAAGGGUUUCUCUAUUUCCUCCCGGAGCUAUUUCAGAAAUUUUCCGUGCCCCCCCCCCCCCUAAAGGGACCCCUAAAAAAAUUCGUAGGGGUCCCUAUAGGGUUUCAUUUAGGGACCCCUCCAAGGGGCCCUAAUUUACCCCCUAUAGGGCCCCCUAAAACUUAUCCCAGAGAGUGGAAGGCAGAGACGCAGAGGAAAGCGAGAGACACUCUUUUUUGUUACAGGGCAUGGAAUGUUAUCCUUCUUUCCUUUUUUUAUUUUCUUUCACAUCUUGCCUUGAAUUGAUGUUAAUUGUUGAAUUUAAGCUCAUGUUCGUCAUUCAUUCGCUCAAUCGUUUCGUUAAAAAUGGUUCAAAACCAUUUCUAUCAAUUCGAAGAAACUCCACAAAAGUUCCUCGAGAAAAUUGCACGCUCACCAACCUUCGAAACUCUGAACUUGAGGUGAAUUUUUAUGAUUUAUUGAUUCUAUUUGAAACUCUUACUAUAGUUAACUAUUAUAGUACUGAUACGUGUUUUGAAAUUCAAUCUGAAUCCUCCUUUUUUUCUUUCAAGUGGCCAAAAAGGCGUUCUACUUUUUUUAGCUUUUUAAAAUGAUAUAGAUUAACUCUUUUCUGAAUUAAUUUAUCAUUUUAGAUACCUUUGUUCGAUAAUGCGGGUUACAUCUCUCACAAAAAAAUUUUUGACGUUACUCUUCUGGAUAUCGACGAAAAUGAGUUGAACGAGGUAGGGUGUAUUUUUAAUAUUUUGUCAAAUAUUUAUGUUCUUCGAUCGGAGCUGCUUUCGGUGUUGACAAUUUGUCACCUGGAUCAUAUUCAUCUAAGCCUUUUCCAGUCAUGGGUCAAAUAUAUGGUAGAAACAUGCGUUUGAUGGUUCCUCUAAUCUGCAGACACUUCGGUAUGAAUUAUGAUAACUUAGUUAUAAUUAUGAAAAAUGAUUGAAAUAAAUUUUUUUAAUUUAUUUAAAUAUAUGUAUAUAAUAAUAAUAAUAAUAAUAUUUAUAGAUAUUUAUAUUUUUUUUGCAGGAAAUCCCAAUGCAAAAAGCUGUUAAUGUGUGGUUCGUCAUCGAUUCGGGAGCUCCGUAUACUUACCUUUCGGUGAAAUCACUAGAAGUGAUUGUAGGAGAAGGCUUCACUCACAGUUUGCAUAACAUCACCAUUCAGGUUUAUUUUCUUCUAUGUAAGUUUAAUGAUUAAUUUCAAAUGUUCAGGAUGAAGCCAAAGCUGUCCCAUGUCAUACCUCUAGGCACCAUUUUGCUGAAGCCAAUCUACUCGGAAUGGACUCUUUGAGGAAACUGGGAUUGGGGAUCGUGCCUGAUUGGGAAAAGGAUACGUUCCAGCUGAUCAAAAUCUAA